UGUCCGCUUGCCCUACUGUUGCCCAGAGUGCUGGCGGGAUGAUCUGCACUCACUAGCAUGCCUGGAUGGUUCAAAAAGGCGUGGUAUGGGCUGGCGUCUCUCCUCAGCUUUUCUUCCUUCCUCCUGAUCAUCGUCGCCUUGGCUGUACCCCAUUGGUUGAGCGGGAAAAUCCUGUGUCAGACUGGAGUGGAUUUAGUCAAUGCCACAGACCCGGAACUGGUCAAAUUCAUCGGGGACAUUUACUACGGGCUCUUCCGAGGGUGUAAAGUUCGGCAAUGCGGCCUCGGGGGUCGACAGUCCCAAUUUACAAUCUUCCCACAUCUAGUGAAGGAGCUCAAUGCAGGCCUCCAUGUCACGGUGCUGCUGCUGCUCUUCCUGGCCCUGGCCCUGGCUCUGGUCAGCAUGGGCUUCGCCAUUCUCAACAUUGUUCAGGUCCCCUACAGGGCAGUCAAUGGCCCUGGUGGCAUCUGCCUUUGGAAUGUCCUGGCAGGUGGAGUCGUGGCGCUAGCCAUCGGCAGCUUCAUGGCUGCGGUGAAAUUUCACGACCUGACAGAAAGAAUCGCCAACUUCCAGGAGAGGCUCUUCCAGUUUGUCGUCGUAGAAGAGCAGUACGAACAGUCAUUUUGGAUCUGCGUGGCGAGCGCCUCAGCCCACGCAGCAAACUUGGUUGUGGUGGCGAUCAGUCAAAUUCCCCUCCCAGAAAUCAAGACUAAAAUGGAAGAGGCCACAGUUACCCCCGAGGACAUCUUAUACUGAUCACAGGUGAAGACUCCUGCACUUGUCAGCUGUGUCUGACACUGAACAAUCCAUUUAUUGACUAAUUCUCAUUUCCCUCACCUGUCAAAGGGGGAUAAUAACAACUUCGCAAGCUUUGCUGUGAGGUUCCAACCGUACUGUUGGUGACGCUGCAAGC